UCUUAACUGAUGAAUUCAGAAGUUUUAAAUAGUGAACUGAUGGAUUUAAACCUGACAGCUUUAACAGGUGAACAGUAUUGGUUUGAAUUCUGCCUGGAAACAUGUGACUGUGUGUGUGUGUGUGUGUGUGUGGUGCAGGAUUGGUGUGUGUGUGUGUGUGUGUGUGUGUGUGUAGAGUAGAGCUGCUUCACCCACACUUUCCUCAGUAAGAGAACACACUCAGAGAGGAACAAUGUCGGAGCUGCUGAGAAUACUGCUCCUCUUACUGCCUGCCAUCCUGCACACAGCAAAUGGAAAUUCCGAGGCAGAGCUAUUUUGGUGCUUCUGGAGCUCUGAUGGUCUCAGUGACAUGGAGUACAUACUGUCUUACACCUUCAAUAAGAUCAACUACAUAGAGUUUAACAGCACUGUGGGGAAGUUUGUGGGAUACACUGCACACGGCAUCUAUAACGCAGAGAGAUUUAACAAUGACACUGCAAGACUGCAAGCACGGAAAGCCGAACUGGAAAGUUUCUGUAAGCACAAUGCUCAGAUUUACUCCAGCGACGUCCUCAGUAAAGCGGUUGAGCCUCAGGUUGAGGUCACUUUGGUAAAGAAGUCAGAUGGCACUCACCCAGCCAGGCUGAUGUGCAGCGCUUACAGCUUUUACCCACCAGACAUUGAGGUGACCUGGCUGAGAAACGGGAAAGAGAUUGAGGGAGGUGUAACAUCCACUGAGGAGAUGGCUGAUGGAGACUGGUACUAUCAGAUCCACUCACAUCUGGAGUACAUGCCUGAAUCUGGAGAGGAGAUCUCCUGUGUGGUGCAACACGCCAGCUUCCAAAAGCCCAUGGUCUAUAAGUGGGGUGAGUCUGAUCAUCACAGUCAGAUCUAAAUAUCUGAGUCCACUGUCAUGAACUGAGCUUAAAAAAAACAGAGAUCCUGUUUCACUCACAUCAUAACUCAUCUU